AUGCAGACGCAUGCCAAUCACCGUCUCUCAUGUGAUAGCUGCUGCCCGUGACGUGCCAAGCCCAUAUGGCCUGGCAUAGAGGCUGGUACCCCGCCUGGUAGAGAUGCCACACUCGCUCCGCGGUUCGCAUGGCGCUCUGAAGACGCGGGCGCCCGCCGCCUUGAGGAGCCGCUGCCCCCGCUCCCUGAAGAUGGGGGAACAAUGAAAUAAGCGAGAAGAUUUCUCUUCUCCCCCUCUCUCUCUUGCCCCCUCCCCCCUCCCCUCCCCUCUCCCCUCGACUCCUCUCCGAGGCACCAUGCUGACCCGCCUGUUCAGCGAGCCCGGUCUCCUCUCGGACGUGCCCAAGUUCGCCAGCUGGGGCGACGGCGACGACGACGAGCCGAGGAGCGACAAGGGCGACGCGCCACCGCCGCCGCCGCCGGGGGCUCCGGGGCCCGCGCGCGCCGCCAAGCCAGUCCCUCUCCGCGUGGACGAGGUGUCGGAGAGCGCGCUGGCCGAGGUCAAGGAGGAAAGCGAGCUGGGUGGCGAGGAGGAGGAGGAGGAGGAAGAGGAGGAAGGGCUGGACGAGGCCGAGGGCGAGCGGCCCAAGAAGCGCGGACCCAAGAAGCGCAAGAUGACCAAGGCGCGCCUGGAGCGCUCCAAGCUGCGGCGGCAGAAGGCGAACGCGCGGGAGCGUAACCGCAUGCACGACCUGAACGCCGCGCUGGACAACCUGCGCAAGGUGGUGCCCUGCUACUCCAAGACGCAGAAGCUGUCCAAGAUCGAGACGCUGCGCCUGGCCAAGAACUACAUCUGGGCGCUCUCGGAGAUCCUGCGCUCGGGCAAGCGGCCCGACCUGGUGUCCUACGUGCAGACGCUGUGCAAGGGCCUGUCGCAGCCCACCACCAACCUGGUGGCCGGCUGCCUGCAGCUCAACUCGCGCAACUUCCUCACGGAGCAGGGCGCCGACGGCACGGGCCGCUUCCACGGCUCGGGCGGCCCGUUCGCCAUGCACCCCUACCCUUACCCGUGCUCGCGCCUGGCGGGCGCGCAGUGCCAGGCGGCUGGCGGCCUGGGCGGCGGCGCGGCGCACGCCCUGCGGACCCACGGCUACUGCGCCGCCUACGAGACGCUGUAUGCCGCGGCGGGCGGCGGCGGCGCGAGCCCGGACUACAACAGCUCGGAGUACGAGGGCCCGCUCAGCCCCCCGCUCUGCCUCAACGGCAACUUCUCGCUCAAGCAGGACUCGUCGCCCGACCACGAGAAGAGCUACCACUACUCUAUGCACUACUCGGCGCUGCCCGGCUCGCGGCCCGCCGGCCACGGGCUGGUGUUCGGCUCGUCCGCGGUGCGCGGGGGCGUGCACUCGGAGAAUCUCUUGUCUUACGAUAUGCACCUUCACCACGACCGGGGCCCCAUGUACGAGGAGCUCAACGCGUUUUUCCAUAACUGAGACCUCGUGCCCGCCCCUUCCUUUUUCUUUGGCCUUUGCCCGCACUGCCCUGGCCCCGGCGUCCCCGCUCCUGGGCGCAGGGGCACCCCCACCUCCGCCAGGCGCCGGCGCGG